GAUUUGAAAUGAUCAUGCUGUAAACAUCCGGCAUUUUACAGAAUGCCUCACAGAAGCUUAUCUACAGCACGUUGUAGCGUCCACGUUAGAGAGCAUGCUGUUCAUUUUUUCAUAUUGUGUACAGUAGAUAAACUUUCUCUCUUCCUUGUGACAAUGGCAGGUCACUUCUUUAAUCUCUAAAACAGAUGCUAGCCCCUCUCACACUCAUCUAAUGAGUGAAUGAUUUAGAUAAAGUGAAGAGUAAAGGUGAUUUAACAUGUACGCACAAUCAAAUUGGGCACAAUCAGACACUUAUUUAUUGGUCCUGAAUGAAUACCAAGACUCAGGCAACUUGUUCUACAGGGGCUGUUCUUUUAACAUGAGCAUCAUCCAGCUAAUAAAGUUAAGUUGAUUCAAUUCUAUCAAGCACUGAAAUGUGAUAUCUUUUGUGAUUCCAAAUGAGCUGAGUGUGAUUUUCAAAUGUUCAUUUCAUUCUUCAAGACAGGAAAGAAGUAGAGAAAAGUGCCUUGACAGAAUCCAUUUGGCCUUUACUCCGCUCUUACCACAUUUCUGAGAAAGCCACACACCUCUGACACCUCUGCAGGUUUAACAUGAUGCAGAGGAAACGACAGAGGCCAGGGUUCACAUUACCAGAAAUGAGAAUAAAAAGAGAGUGAUGCUACUCGACUGGAUGACUUGAAAGCUUGAGGACAAGAACACAAGAACAAACAAAUUACAGGAGCAGUAAUUUUGUAUGAACGCAUCAGACGCAGAUGACUAUGAUUACUACAAUUCCACCUGUGACCAGGAUACCAGUUCAGAGUUUCCCAGUGGAUCCAUGGUCUUACCAGUUCUUUACUACCUGCUGUUUUGUCUUGGUCUGCUCGGUAACGUGACAGUCCUCUGGGUUCUCCUCCGCUACAUAAAGUUGAAAACUAUGACGGAUGUGUGCCUCCUCAACCUGGCCCUGUCUGACCUCAUGCUGGCUUUAUCUCUGCCCCUGUGGGCCCACAACCCCCAGAACCUGGCGUCGUGCAGACUGAUGACAGGAGUCUAUCAGCUGGGUUUCUACAGCGGCAAUCUGUUCGUGACCUUAAUGAGCAUGGACCGCUACCUGGCCAUCGUCCACGCCGUGGCAGCCAUGCGAGCCAGGACGCUUCGCUACGGGAUCACAGCUAGCAUCACCAUCUGGGUUGUCGCUGCCGUCAUGGCAACACCUCAGCUGAUAUUUGCCUCCUUGGAGAUAGAGGAAGAGAACCCACAAUGUGUGCCUCUGUACCCCGAUAACAUGCAGCAGUUCUGGAAGAUUCAGCGAAACUUCCGUGAAAACACAGUGGGCCUUUUCCUCUGCCUCCCCAUUAUGAUUUUCUGCUACGUGAAAAUUCUUGUGGUGCUGUCCAGGUCCAGGAACUCCAAAAAGGACAAAGCUGUGAAACUGAUUUUCAUCAUAGUGUGUGUGUUUGUGGUGUGCUGGGUCCCUUACAAUGUCAUCGUUUUCCUUGAGACACUGCAACUCUUUGAAAUCAUUAGCAACUGUGAGGCUUUGAAAAUCAACUCUACCAUGACCUUUGCUGAGAUCAUUUCAUUGGCUCACUGCUGCGUGAAUCCGGUCAUCUAUGCGUUUGUAGGGGAGAAGUUUAGGAAGUCACUGGGCAAGGUGAUGACGAGAUGCUUCUGCUGGAGUUAUCAGAGCAGAGUGGCUGUCAGACUCAGGGACACCACAGAGAAAGAGACUUCCAACACGCCCGUGAAAUCAGAUUACUGAAGAAUGUAAAACAUACCUGGUGUCUGUGCGGUGGUGGUGUGUGCAUGUGUGGUUGUGAUGAUUCAGCAGUGUGUGAGUGUGUAGUGUUGGGUAGAUGAUGCUUUUUAGAACUGUAAAUUGGUGCACUGAUAAUUUCCAGAAACGAGGGAAUGAUUCAAUGAUUUGAAAAAGUGUACAGAUUUUAAUGAAAUUUUUAUUCAAAUCAUGUAAUUCAAAGUAUAUUUGGAACUUGUGCAAUUGUAUUGUUUUUGUAAAAGAAAAUAAAGAAAAUAAAACUUU